UGCAGGCGCCUGCUCGGACUGGUGGGAUAAGGGAUUAUUAUUAUUGUUUGAGGUGGGCUGGCCCCUGGUUUCUUCUAGGACUUCAUAAAGACACCUGUUCGUUUUUUGUUUUUAGUUUUUUUUUUUAAAUUCCCACCUUUGUUUAACCAUGUCGCAUACUGGUGCACAGAAGAGCAGUUCUCUGACAUUGGUGCUAAUGGUUGCAUCUGCAGCCAUCGGAGGAACUCUUCAGUAUGGUUAUAACCUCGCCAUAAUGAACUCUCCCACCACUUUUAUCCAGACCUUUAUCAAUGAGACAUUCCUGGAGCGUUGGGACAUCCAGCUGGAGGACUACCAAGUGACACUGGUGUGGACAAUCAUUGUCUCCAUCUUCUCGUUGGGGGGUUUAGCUGGAGCUCUUAUUGCUGGACCUAUGACCAUAUACUUUGGGAGGAAGAAAUGUCUGCUGUUGAACAACGUUUUUCUCAUGUCCGGUGCACUCUUGGCCCUGACGAGCAGAGCUGCCAAAUCAUUUGAGAUGAUCAUUAUCUCACGUGUUCUAGUUGGAAUAAACGCAGGAAUCAGCAUGAACGUGCAACCCAUGUAUUUCGGGGAAAGUGCCCCCAAGCACUUGAGGGGGGCCGUCUCCCUUUCAUCAGCCGUUUUCACAGCGUUUGGUGUCGUUUUGGGACAGGUGGUUGGACUCAGAGAGGUUCUGGGCAGUGAGCCGUGUUGGCAGUACCUUCUCGCCAGUAAUGCCAUUCCUGGCCUCAUUCAGCUCCUCACCCUGCCGUGGUUCCCAGAGAGCCCCAGAUACCUUCUCAUCGACAGGGGGGACAAGGAGGGUUGCAUUAACGCUCUGAGACGUCUGCGAGGCUGUGAGGUCCAGAGCAGCGAGCUGAAUGAGAUCCUGCAGGAACAGGCCGAAACCAAGGGCAUGAGGCCACGCCGGCCCUGGGAGCUCUUUGCGGAUCGCUCCGUGCGCUGGCAGCUCAUCUCGGUCAUGGUCAUCAGCAGUGCCAUGCAGCUCUGUGGUAAUGACUCGAUUUACUUCUAUGCAUCAUACGUGUUCAAAGAGGCUGGAAUUCCUGACAAUUUGAUCCAGUAUGUCACAGUAGGCACGGGGACAUGUGAAUUCACAGCGUGCAUCAUGUGUAACCUGCUGAUAGAGCGCAAAGGUCGGAGGUUCAUGCUGAUGGGAGGCUUCAUCCUCAUGACCGUGUGGGCUAUCGUCUUCACAAUCGCUCUGUUAUAUGAGCACAAAAUAAGCUGGAUGCCGUACCUGAGCAUGGCCUGCAUCUUCACCUACAUUCUCAGCUUCGGGAUGGGACCAGCUGGAGUGACGGGCAUUCUGCCCACAGAGAUCUUCAAUCAGACGGCUCGGCCUGCAGCCUACAUGAUCGCCGGCUCCAUGAUGUGGCUCAACCUGUUCAUCAUUGGGAUGAUCUUUCCAUUCAUAGUGAGCGAGCUGAGUGAGUACUGCUUCGUGCCUUUCGGAGCCGUCUGCCUGCUGUGUGCGGUCUACAUCGGACUGGUUCUGCCCGAGACCAAGGGGAAGUCUCUAGCAGUCAUCACAAGCGAAUUCCACAAGCUCAACUUCAAAGGCCAAGACAAGCAUUUUGAAUCGCAGACUGAAGCUCAGUAUCAGCUGGGAGAAGUGUGUCAUUCCACCAGUUUGUAAACAGACUUUUUACUCCUGAAACACGCACACAUUCACUGUAUGCCUUGGUUUGACCUGACCUGACCCGAUGUGUCUUAAAUGUCAUGUUUUGUAUGUACUGCGGUUAUGUCCACAUAAUGUUUUGCUUUACUGUGACAAAUACAAAAUAAAUGAAAUUGCUGUAUAUUAAGCGAACGUGAGGAAGUGAUGUGUUUUCGUGUUAUCAGUCACAGCUUUAAAUUGUAUAAUGUAUAUAAUAUAAUUUUUGUUUGAUUUUUUUUCUUUUUUUUCUUUUGUAAUGGAACAAAAAAAAGUCAAAGGUCUGGCUUUUCUGCAGGGCACUGUAUAAACAUGUAGUGGGGUUAAUUUACACCUUAUUUAACUUCUCAUGCAUCAGUGUCCAUAUUACAUGAUGUGUGAUGUUUAGCUCUUUUAGAAAAUAUAGUUUUGUUUUAUCUUUGCGUGAGUGAAAUAUGUGAAAUAGCUUUAAUGAGGAAAUAAAGUACAUUUUUUUAA